AUGCCGAACGUGUCGCGAAAUACAACGCUCUCCAACGCGCCCUCCGCUCCGAACCCCACGGCCUCCCCUUCCACCAAACCGCAACCCGCAACAGCAACCCCGCCGCCUCGUGUAGCAUUCAUCUCAGGCCAUAUCGAAAUUACGCCUGGUCAGUUCUCGGCGAACUACGCCGGCGCUCUGGACGCUGCAAUACGCCGCGGCGAUGCAUUCGCCCCGUCCAACGCCGGCGGUGUGGACACGCUUGCCCUCGCAUACCUUCGCACCCACCGCGUCUCCCCCUCCCGCAUCACGAUAUAUUUGCAUAGGCCUCGACCCAAUCGCAAACUCAACGCCACCCAAGACCGUAUAAACAAAAUGAGAUUGGGGCCAGAGGUCGAGGAGAAGUACCGCAAGCAGGGUUACAACAUAAGGGUCAUUCAGGGCUAUCACACUGAGCGGGACGCUGCAAUGACCGAGGCCAGCGACUACGAUAUACUGUGGGUGCGAGGCGACGCGGAGACAGCUGCCCUAUAUGGCAGCAAGUAUCGGCCGGGACGAAUCAGCGGCACGCAGAAGAAUAGGGAUAGGAGGCUAUUGAAGGACAAGAGAACAGGUACGCCGAGCGUCACCUAA